ACAUUAAUACACAAUAUAGAAGGAGAGACCUACAUUUUGUAUAAAUUGUCGGAUAAAUGACAUGCAAAAUGAGAAAAAUAUUUUAAAUACAGUAAUUACCAAAAUGACACUUGUAUAUGAAAUAUGACGCGGAAAACAGUUAGAAUUUGCGACCUCAAAACUUCAGUAAUAGAUAGCGAUGAGGAAGACUUUUACCCUGAAACAGCAACCCUGAUACCUGCAAUGAUGUUUGGAACUAGAAGAAAGCAGUCCCCACAAACGAUUGGAGGCGGUCUGUCUGGAUAUAAAACGAGUGAUGAAAGGACCGCUACCAGCCCAAGCACUGUCUACAACGUCUCACAAGAGCACCAAGGUUCCAAGUACACACAAGUAUUUCCCAGAGUAGACUUAGAUGAUGAGGUCACUAAACGUCCAAAUGCGGGCUACAAUACUUCACCAUUAGAUCAAGGUUCAAAUUUUAGACAGACGCAAAGAACAGAAGCAUCACGAAGAACAACACCAGAUGAAGGGAUCGCCACAGAAACUGUCUCGCCAUCAGAUCAAAUUAACAAGUUUCUAACAAAAUCCAGGUCAGCGGUAUUUACUCCACCAGACUUCGACGUGCUAUUUAAAAAUCCAGCCAAACUUCACUUUGAAAUUAAAGGAGAGAGUAUAGAUGAAGGCAUCCAUUCCUUCGACAGUGGUACCAGUCAUGUGUACUCUAGCUUCAGCCGAAAUAAUGAAGCAGACGACAUUUCAACAGCCAUCCAGAAACCUCCGCCGCCAAAAAGAAGUGACAGCGUCAUGGUGCUGACGUUUACUGACAUGGUGGUGAAAAACUGGGAAAAUUCACAGGGUCUUGCGGGUUUCCGACAUAAACUGGCAAAUGAUAUCAACCAUAAAUAUUGCUCAUACUGUCGAUGCGAUGACAUGAUUUUUAUAUUCCUUUAUGUUGUUUUUGGCUUAAUUUAUAUAUGUGCAGGCACCCUUGGUUUGACACAGUGCAGCAGCGAACUGUAUGUGAAUAUAUUCUUGAUUACAGACGGUCUUCUGUCAGUUUUUGUUUUCCCGAUAACUAUUAUGGAAUGGACGAAACGAAUUGGAGGGUGUGUUAAAAAGAAUGACGUGCAGGGACAUGGAGUAACUUUCAUUCUGAUUGUGAUACUGAGGAUAGCGGCUGCCGUAUCUGGUAGUGUUAUCAUCGCAAUGAGGAUAAAUGUUUACCCCGAAGAUAACUUCAUGUGCUGGACAGUUUUUAGACUUCUUGAGGUUGGAGUAGUGUUAGAAUGGGCCUUUCUGUUAUUUGUUAUGCUAUUACCGCUUGUGCUGUGUACUGCUGUAUAUUUUGUGGCUCGCAAAUUAUGAGAAUAAAAUGUGCAGUGACUCAUUAA